AUGACUGAAGAGCUUCCAGAAGCUGUUGAAAAAAUCAUUGGACCAUCAUCAUCAUUGCAAUAUGGCGACACUUUGAUGACACUUUUGGCGACACUUUGGUGGCGUCCAGUGACAGCCUUUGAGGCUCUUCGGGAUCAUCCUGGUGCGGUGAAUCGUCCUCCUGGUGCCUUGUUUAUCAGUACCACUCAUGCUAGUGUGGCGGCUUCUUGUGAUACCAUCUCUCGUUGGUUACGGAAGGUGGUGUCACAUUCCAUUACUUCAUCAUCUUCUUCACGACAACCUACUAUUCGUUCUGUGGCUUCGGAUUUGGCUCUACUUCGUGGCGUUCCUCUUGAUGAUGUUAUUACUCACGGCAAUUGGGCUUCCUCCAUGAUGUUUGAUAAUCAUUAUCGGCGUUCUCGUCAUAUCUCUUCGGAUAUCACAUCUUCAGUGUUACCUUGUUCCUCUUCCUCUCCUUCGGCUUGA